GGCGGCCUGGUGCCCCGGAUGUAGCCUUGGAGAAAGCAUCUUUCCUUUCUUCCUCCACCUCCCCGUGGGAUCCCAGGUGAGCGCGGGCAGUUGGGACUACCUGAGUGCCCGUGGCUCUGCUGCCGGCGUGCUUGAAGAAAUCCCCCUCUGCCAGUCAUGCCAAAGAGGAAAGUGACUUUCCAAGGUGUGGGAGAUGAGGACGAUGAGAAUGAAAACAGUGCUUCCAAGAAGAAGCUGGUGGACCCUGUGGUUGGGGCAGGGGGCCCUGGGAGCCGCUUCAAAGGCAAACACUCUUUGGACAGCGAUGAGGAGGAUGAUGAUGAUGAGGGGUCCAGAAAAUAUGACAUCCUGGCCUCAGAAGAUGUAGAAGGUCAGGAAGCAGCCACGCUCCCCAGUGAAGGAGGUGUACGGAUUACACCUUUCAACUUGCAAGAAGAAAUGGAAGAAGGCCACUUUGAUGCUGAUGGCAACUACUUCCUGAACCGGGAUGCUCAGAUCCGAGACAGCUGGCUGGACAACAUUGACUGGGUGAAGAUCAAGGAGCGGCCACCUGAUCAGCGACAAGCCUCAGACUCAGAGGAUGAGGACAGUGUGGGCCAGACACCAAUGAGUGCCCAAGCCCUCCUAGAGGGACUUUUAGAGCUGCUGUUGCCAAGGGAGACAGUAGCGGGGGCACUGAGGCGUCUGGGGGCCAGAGGAGGAAGCAAAGGAGGCAGCAAGGGGACAGGGAGGCCUAGCUCCCCCCAGCGCCUUGACCGGCUCUCAGGGUUGGCUGACCAGAUGGUGGCCCGAGGCAACCUGGGUGUAUACCAGGAAACUAGGGAACGGUUGGCUAUGCGGCUAAAGGGGUUAGGGUGCCGGACCCAGGGAGCCCCUGACCCCACCCCUCCACCCUCCCUGGACAUGUUCGCUGAGGAAGUGGCUGAGGGGGAGCUGGAGACCCCAACCCCUACCCAGAAAGAAGAGUCGUCAGGAGAUGGUCUGGUGGAUGUAAUGUGGGAAUAUAAAUGGGAGAACACAGGGGAUGCUGAGCUCUAUGGGCCCUUUACAAGUGCCCAGAUGCAGACCUGGGUGAGCGAAGGCUACUUCCCUGACGGUGUUUAUUGCCGGAAGCUGGACCCCCCUGGUGGUCAGUUCUACAACUCCAAACGCAUUGACUUUGAUCUCUACACUUGAGCCUAUUGAGAGCCCAGUUGAGUGGCCCCUUCUUUUCCGCACAUGGUGGAGGAGGCCCCGGCGGCCUCAGCAGUGAGGAUAUUGGAGGCCACUUUUCAAUCAGUUUUCCUUUCCCUUAAAUCCUUGGCUGCACUGAUGGCCAAAAGCCAGGGGCGUAUGCCAUAGCUCCUCUGGCCUUGCCUAAGUCCUUGAGUGUUUCCUCCAUGAAGUUCCUCCUUGGCAGUUUCUCUCUGAUUUCUUGGACCACCUCACCUUUGUGGACCCCCAUUAGUAGCAGAGUUCAAGCCCGUCAGGUGUCUUGAGGUCCCCUUUCCCAAACUCUGCUCAUUGUGUAGAAAUCCUUUCACUCGCACCCUUCUCCAGUCUUCUCUGAGGUUCUUGUUCUGUUCCUCUUGAGUC